CAGUAUCAAGCAUUGAAAGGUGACAGUGCUUGGUGAAAUCAUCAUGAAGACCUUCAUGCUGCUAGCUGUCCUUCUUUCACUUGCACUCUCAAGCCAGGCAGCAGGUUUGAACCUUGAAAAUAUUGUUCAAGGGCUGAAUGAUCUGGCUGAUAACAAAAGAGAACUUGAGGUGGGAAAUGUUGAGGAUGAAUCACAGGACAUGCAAGAGGGAGAGAUGGGUUUGAACCUUGAAAAUAUUGUUCAAGGGCUGAAUGAUCUGGCUGAUAACAAAAGAGAACUUGAGGUGGGAAAUGUUGAGGAUGAAUCACAGGACAUGCAAGAGGGAGAGAUGGCAGAUGAAAGUGAAUUGCAGGAUGACUCCAUCCAGUUAGAAGCACAAGGGGAUGAUCUACAGCAAAAGAGAGAGCUUGAUUUUGAAGAGAAUGAAAAUGAAAAUGAAGAGGACUUGCUUAGUCAGAGAGAGUUGGGUGAGAAGUCUGUGGAUUUACAAAAUGAGAAUACUGAAGCUAACAGCAAGCGCUGGUAUGGAUGCAGAUAUAGUCACCGAUGGGUUGUAUGUAAACGAGUUCUCCACUGCAGAAGACGCCAUUUUAAGCGAUGCACUUCUACUUCAUGUGUCCACCGUUUCCACAAAGUUUGUGUGAUUCAGAGAAAAUCUUGUGUGAGAAGAAAAUACUGCCACUAUUAUAAACACUGCAGAAAAUGCUACUACAGCACAUACAGGAAAUUUAUUUAAGGUGUCAUGAGGCAGUAUGAGCAACACAUGAGGAGUUUCAUCCCCUGCAACCCCAUCUUUGAAGAAGAUUUCAUCUUUUCAUCAUUUUUUCUUGUUUAACUGAAUAUAACUCACCAUUGCCAUUACCAUAACAGAGUAUUUUUCAGAAGCACAAGUAACACCUGUAUACACAUAUAAUAGUGGAAAUAUUUGCUUCCAUGGGCCUUAUUUUUUGAAUCAGCGAAAACAUGCUCUUACUUAAAAAUGCAAAAAUGUUUAAAUUAAUCAGAACUCAGUCUUCAUUUCUUAUGGUAUAAUUAUUAUUUAGGCAAUUGUUAAAAUCAGUUUUUUUUCAAGCCAAAUGCACUGUUUAAAGUUAAUAGCAAAGUUGUCUUUUAACGUAUGUAACUGUCCCUCUACGCUGUUGUGAAGUUUCCACUAUUGAAUGAAAAAGCUUUUGUUUAAAAGUGAAAAAAAAAAUUAAAAGCCACACUAGCAUCAUA